AUGCCACGUAUGUACUUCUCAAGUGAAGACAGCAAUGAUAUCACUUUCGAUGAACCAACCAGGAAUUGUAUUGAAGUGGACCCAAUCUUGUUCACUAGGGUCCAGAACGAUGAAGAACAAAAUGUAAGGGUCUUUUUGGAUACUCACUUGUUAAAGAUUCGAAGUAGAAGAGGUUUAGGAGAGCGUGCUCCGGGAAAAUUAGUUAGCAAGAGCCAUGCAUCCAUAAACGUAGGCUUGGUACCUGAUAUAUCUGCAUUAGCCUAUAUUACUGAUGCAAUGGUUAAUGCUGAAUUCAGAGAAAUGGGUAGUAAUGAAUUUAAGAGUAGCUAUCUCGCUCCUCUUGAAACUACUAUCCGAGAGCUGAAGUUACGCAUAAGACCCUUAGCGGUCCAAUAUACUUAUCCAUCGGGAAAUUCUCGGAAUGUGGAGCAUCAUAUCCAAAAGUAUUUUAAUGAAAUAUGCGGGCCAAUAGAGAACCUUUACCAAGAUAUUUGUUGUAGAUACCACUAUUUUGAAAGUGCUUCAUAUUUAAGACCUCCUUUGAAUACAGAUAUAUUUAUAGAGUCUGACAUUAUCCAUUUCGCUGAAUACGAAUCAGAAGAUGGUCGUUUUCCUGAAAUCUGUUUUGGAUUAGGUGAUUACAAAACAGAAAAUUACUAUUUAGCGCAAGGGUUUGAGGAAUUUAAAGUAGUUCUUAAAGGCUUUAAACGAAUGGAUCAGCAGACAGAAUACUUAUUUCAAGAUAUACAUUGGAAUCCUAGUAUCUUAUUUGCUUUAAUUCUAAGCAAAUAUUUUUACAAUGCUUUCCUCUGUGGAACAAAUAGAGUUCUAGUCUCGAACCAUCAAUCAUUUUCAGGAUUCUUUAAAUAUGAUAUUGUUGAAGGCCAAAUGACCGUAGACUAUUAUAUCAUUAGUGACCCCGAAACUGUUGCAAAUGGGAUUACUUUAAGGUCGGCAAUUGCAAGCUUUUUCUAUCAAACAGAGGAUGGCGCAAUUGAAACUCGAAACAGGUUAAAAAAGGAUCUUAGUAUAGCCCACAAUGCCAAUAAGCGGGAUCCAUUACGAAACGUGCGUCCUAAAUCUCACAGGCAGACGCCGAUGAGAUCAUCUGAAAGUAAGUAUGAGCCAUUAUUGUAUUCAGUAUGUGAAGAUGCUGAUCAUGAGAACAUCCACGAAAUCCAGGACAUAAUCUAUGGCAAUACAUAUUGUCGAGUAAUUUACAAUUCUGCAAAAUGUUAUCCUAAAUUGACGGUGCACCUCCCACGCACAGUGUUUGUCAAAUUAUACUACUUCUCUAGUCGGUUAUGGAGAGAAAAGGAUUUGACAUGUUUUGGUAUUCCUGAUAGAAAAGGUUAUUAUAGUAUGUUCUUCAAUGAACUUGAAAUUAAUGAGGAAAUUGCAAAAUCACGGUUUGCUUCCAAUUUUCCAAAACUCUUUGUUUCAGGGUAUUGGAAUGGGUUUACUAACCAACCAAUACAUAUAUUUGAAUAUUUAGGAAAGGAAAUACCAAGCGAACAAUGGGACAAGAAAAAGGUUUAUGGGGUUAUUAGAUUAAGGCUCAGGGAACUCCAUCUGUUGAGAAUCUCGCAUAACGACAUCAGGAGGAGCAACAUUCAUGUUUCAGAGUCAGGUAAAAUCACCUUAAUAGACUUUGGAUUAUCGGAAUAUCCAUGCAGUGAAGCAGGCAUAAGGGAUGACAUUGAGUCUCUUGAUAACAUAUUUGAUGUUCAGCAAAACCAAUACAGAUAG